AUGGCUUCUUUCCAGGACCGUGCUCAGCACACCAUUGCCCAGCUCGACAAGGAGCUCUCCAAGUACCCCGUCCUUAACAACCUCGAGCGCCAAACCUCCGUCCCCAAGGUCUACGUGAUCCUUGGCUUGGUCGGUAUCUACACCUUCCUCAUCUUCUUCAACAUCGCUGGCGAAUUCCUCGUCAACUUCGCCGGUUUCCUGAUCCCCGGCUACUACUCCCUCAAUGCCUUGUUCACCGCCGGCACCGCAGAUGAUACUCAGUACUGGGUUGUCUAUGCCUUCCUGACCGUCAUUGAGAGCGCCAUCAAUGCCGCCUAUUGGUUCCCCUUCUACUACAUCUUCAAGUUCGUCCUGAUCCUCUGGAUGGCUCUCCCCCAGACCAACGGUGCUCAAGUCGUCUUCCACUCUUUCCUCCAGCCUGUGCUGGGCCGCUUCUUCGCCAGCGGAUCUACCUCGGCCAACCUCCGCGCCCAGGCCGAUGCCGCUUCCAAGACGCAGUAA